AUGACAUCAACAUCUGUUGAAGACGAAAAUGAAAGAUUAUUUCAGCUUUAUCCUCUUCAUUAUUUAAUUUUUAAUAAUGACAUUGAAGCAUUAAAAUCAAAAUUAGAUUUAAAAGAAUAUAUUAAUAAAUUAGAUAUUCAUGGACGGACUCCUUUAAUGCUUGCAACAAUGCUUGGACAUAUUGAAUGUGCAGAAUUACUUUUAGACAAUGGAGCAGAGGCAAAUACACAAAAUAAGCGUAUAAAUUUUAUGAGAAAAUUUUUAAUAAUUAAAAUAAAUUUUUCAGAAAUGUGGAAUUUGUCACACGAAGCAAUUUUGUUAAAAAACGUUAAUUUUCUUCAGAAAGUUCUUGCUGCUCGUGAUUAUGAACGGUAUCUUGAAACUAGUCGAAUUUUGAAGCAAAUACGUAAUAGUUUUAAGGAUUCCUCUGACUUUUAUGUUGAGAUGACUUGGGAGUUCGCUUCAUGGCUUCCCUUUGUUAAGAAUAUGUGUCCUUCUGAUACUUAUAAAAUUUACAAACACGGAAAUAGCAUUAGAAUUGAUGCAAAUCUUCUCGAAAUAUCGAAUGAUCAAACUCUAAAUAAAACAAGAGGAAAUCAAUCUUUCAUUUUUCGAUUCGGAGAUUCUGAAUCUGCUGAAAUAUUAUUUAUUGACAGGGACGAGAAAAUAGCUUAUUCGCAAAAUUUCGAUUUGUCUUCUUUGCCAGAAAUUGAUAAAUUUAUUUCUUCAACUGCUGCCGUAGAAGAAAAAUUAAAAUCUCCAAUAACUGUAACUUAUGUUGAUGUCGAUAAUAUUGGCUUUGAACCUUCUAAAAAGAAUUCUCGUUUAUUUUCUUGGAUUGGUUCUAGUGAUAAAGAGGAAGAAGUUGAAGGUUAUACUUGUCGAGUUUUUUCUGCUUCUAAUGUUGAGGUUGUUACAAAAACAUGUUUUUGUCAUUUAUCAGAAGAGGAGAAGGAAUUAUCGAUGAAAGAGAAUCCAAACAAAUCAGUCGCCCUUCUAUUAAGUCUUUUUGAAAAACGUAAAGUUGAUGUAAAUGGAAGUCCAAACCAAACUGAUGUUUACAAUGGAUUAAAUGUUGUUGAGUAUCUAACAAAACCUUCAGAAAAUGGAAAGGCAAAUAUUGGAAUAUCUAGAGAUGAACAUUUUAAAUCAAAUUCAUUUAAUGCAAGUUUAUGGCUUUCAGAAAGUUUUCCUUUGAAUUUGAGAGAACAAAUAUUUAAUGUUAUUGACUUGUUGGCUGUUCGCAACGCAAAAUUUUUGCGUUUGAAACGAUUUAUUGAACUACAAAUGCCUGCUGGAUUUCCUAUUAGAAUUAAAAUUCCUAUUUUUCACUUGAUUAACGCUCAAAUCACUUUUCACAAUAUCAAUGAACCAGAAACUGAAGAUAUCGAUCAAUCAGCUAAUGAGGACGAUUGUCCAGAAUUCCGACUAAAGGACUCACUUUUCCAAAUUCCUGACGGUUAUCAGAUAUACAAAAUGGCUGGGAAUAUGCUUUUUAAUAGAUUUGAUGAAAUUGAAUAUGUUAGGCAUGGUCAAGAUUUUGGAUCAAGAGAUGUAUGGACCAGAGACAUUGAAGACGGAGACGAAUAUUAUUGUUUAAUUGAACGCUUUAUUGAUGGGGAAUCCUCUAAAACCCCUACUUAUGAACGUCAUUUACAACAAGCUAUUGAGGAAAGUUUGGAAGCAACUAGGCAAUAUAAUCAACCUCAAAUAUCUGAAGUUGGUAGGCAACAAAGUAUUGCUCAUGAAAUUAAUGAAGAAGAGAUUGAUACAGAAUUACUCAAUGCUUUAAAACUUUCUAAAGAAGAAGAAGAAUUGAGAGCAAAACAAUUAGAGGAAGAAGAAGAGCAAUAUAAAGAAGCAUUGGAACGUUCAAUGCUUGAUAAAUAG